GUUCGCGCUCGUUAAAAUAAAAAGCAAUUGUGCGUGCGUGUGCGUGAGUGAGUGAGUGAUAGAGAACGAGAAAUGGCGAGUGUUUUUAUUAGCGAAAUACAUUUUUAAGUAAAAAGUCUAUUCAAAUCAUGAUGCAGGCUUCAAAUCUUUGCACAAUGUUAAUAUGCUUUUUUGGUUAAAAUUAUGAAAAAUUCUCUUUUUAAUUUGGUAUGAAUUGUAAUUGUAAAAGUAAUUGUAAAUAUUCUUCGCAUCAAUUUUACUUUAAAUUAAAAAAGGAGUAAUUCAUUGAAUAGAAAUAAAUAUUCGUCAAGAUUGCCAGAGAAAACACGCGAAACAAUUUUAACUCGAUGCUAAUUUCAAUGUGACAGUUAAAAUUGCAGCGAAAUUGUACAAAAUAAAUGUAAGAAACUACAACAAGAGCAAGAAGAACAACGCUUGCAGUAUAAUUCAAAUCGAAUCCAAUUUAAAUUUGAAUCCACGAAUGCCGUCGAGUACAUCUCAAGGCAGCAACAACAUCAACAAUAACGGCAAGAAGCCAACGCCAACUACAACCGUUACGACAAGGUUGCGUCACAUAAAUGCAACGAAUUGCUACAACGCAGCACAGCAGCAACAAUUGGAGCCACUGCAGCGUCGCCAGCAGCAGAAGCAGCAACAGCAGCUAGAGAGACGACCCAGAGAUACGGAACCGAGAUUAUUGUAGAGAACUGAGCACCGAAAAUACUGCAUGCACCGGGCCAACGAACACAAAUGAAAACGUCGCAUCUGCACGCGUCCGAUUUCGUCGUCGACUACGCCGGUCGCUCCUUCAUUUCCGCGAGCGAGCAACGCGAACUCGAGCGCGAUCGCGCCCAUUUCCAACACCAGCAGCAGCACGAAAAGAUCGAGCAGCAGCAGCAGCAGCAGCAGCAACAACAACAACGAUUUGCAAAUAUCGAUUUCGUGGACUCAACUCACGGCGUCUAUGCAACAGUCCAUGAUAUAAAGCCCACAGAUCGAGAGCUGCAACAGGCGAUCAUAAAUAGCCAAAUCGACCACAAGUCGGGUGCCUCGAUUCUACACGUAGAACCGGCAGAUACGCAGCCGCGUCAGCGCAACGUUGUCCGCUACGGCUACUCCUCCAACAAGCAGCAGACCCAGCAACACCAGCAGCAGUCACAGGAUCUGUCCUCAGUCAAGCCGGCAGUGAGCAGCAAGCGAAAGCGCGAUACAGAGUGCAAUUGCGGUUGCGUGGACUCGUAUAACGGGGGAGCAGCGCCAACUGUUGGAGCUAGUGAUAGCAUCGGUAGCGUUGACGAGGGCCAGGAACUAGCCCACGUUGGAAGUACCGUCAAAACGGCGCACACGAAGGUACCAACAUCUGGGGGGCAUGCCAAUACGCAGCCCCCCAGCAAACGUUCGAGCAGCGGUGCCGAUGGUGACUAUCAGUUGGUUCAGCACGAGGUGCUCUACUCGCUAUCUGCGGAGUAUGAGGUCUUGGAGUUUCUGGGGCGUGGAACGUUCGGUCAAGUAGUCAAAUGCUGGAAGCGUGGAACAUCCGAAAUUGUGGCGAUCAAAAUACUAAAGAAUCAUCCGUCGUAUGCACGUCAGGGCCAAAUUGAGGUAUCGAUUCUAUCGCGACUCAGUCAGGAGAAUGCGGACGAGUUCAACUUUGUACGGGCCUUCGAGUGCUUUCAGCACAAAAAUCACACAUGUCUGGUUUUUGAGAUGCUUGAGCAGAAUCUUUACGAUUUUCUCAAACAGAACAAGUUUUCCCCGCUGCCCUUGAAGUAUAUACGUCCUAUAUUGGAGCAGGUGUUGACGGCCUUGUUGAAGUUGAAGCAACUCGGCUUGAUUCAUGCCGAUCUGAAGCCCGAGAACAUUAUGCUGGUAGAUCCAGUGCGACAGCCGUACCGCGUCAAGGUCAUUGACUUUGGCAGUGCUUCGCACGUGAGCAAAACCGUAUGCAACACCUACCUGCAAUCGCGCUACUAUCGCGCGCCUGAGAUCAUACUGGGUCUGCCAUUUUGUGAAGCUAUUGACAUGUGGUCACUUGGCUGUGUAGUGGCCGAACUCUUUCUGGGCUGGCCUCUAUAUCCUGGCUCCUCGGAGUUCGAUCAGAUUCGUUACAUUUCGCAGACGCAAGGUCUGCCUACGGAGCACAUGCUGAACAGUGCUUCGAAAACGUCCAAGUUCUUUUAUCGAGACGUCGAUUCGACGUACCCCUUCUGGCGUUUGAAGACCACAGAGGAGCACGAGGCGGAGACAAACACGAAGAGCAAAGAGGCACGCAAAUACAUUUUUAAUUGCCUGGACGAUAUCGGUCAGGUUAAUGUACCCACGGACCUGGAGGGCGGUCAACUUCUGGCCGAGAAGACCGACCGGCGCGAGUUCAUCGAUCUGCUAAAGCGCAUGCUGACUAUUGACCAGGAGCGUCGUCUGACGCCGGCCGAGGCAUUGAACCACUCCUUCACACGCCUAACGCACCUCGUCGACUACGUCUACUGCAACAAUGUGAAGGCCUCCGUGCAGAUGAUGGAAGUCUGUCGACGUGGUGACUUCCACACAGUUCAACCCGCUUCGACACUAGUAACCAACUUUGUGCCGAGUACUACCGAGAACAUGACGUUCACUAUUAACAAUCAGCUGACCAGUCAAGUGCAGCGCUUGGUGCGUGAUGGGCGUCCAUUGGCCUACGAGGGUCUCUACCAGAUCUAUAACGGUCGCAAUGUUGCGCGCCAAUAUCCCCAAGCGCGUACAGACACCUUCCAACAUCAGUUGGUCUCCAACAUUCUCUGUCCGCCCUCCUAUCAGACGAUGCCAAGCCCUACAAAGCAUGUAGUUGUAGGUAGCGCCACAAUGCAGCCUCCCCUGCAGGUGCCACCGCAGCAAUACGUCAAUGUUCCGGUACCCGUGUCUAUGGUGGAGCCGAGCUCAGGGCAACGCAUGCUGCUUACGAAUCGAGUUCAGGCCAGCGGCGUUGCCUGGCCUCAGAACGGCCGCCAAAUGGCACUUGUUCCAUCGUGGCCGCAGCAAGCGCCUGGGCACUCGUUAAUUGUGGACUCAACGCCGUUGUUUAAUGUAGAGGAGAUUUAUCAGAAGCAUCCUUUGAACUUGCCUCGUACCGCCGAUCUCAAGAAGGAGUCGCCGGCCCACCACUUGGCCAGCAAGGGCAACUCAUAUCGCGUGCCGCGUCAUGAGAAGAAGGAGAAUCAACAGCUAUCGCCGGUUAAGAAACGUGUCAAGGAAAGCUCACCACCACACCAGCAGCGUUAUCAGCGUGCCGCACAUGUAUCACCACAAUACCACUCUCACCAUAACUGCAAUUAUGGUGGCGGUGGUUACAGCAGCGGCGGCGCAGUAGUUGCUUCAGCUUCUACAUCCACAAAUAACAUUAUCAAUGCCAGCUCAGCCGGCGCGCAUCACCACCACCACAGUAGCAGCGGUGGCGGAGCUCCAGUUGCUCAUUCCCAGCAUAAUACAGGCUACAAUAGCAGCGGACAUAUCAUUGUCAACAAUUGCAGCGGCCCCGGUGGCUACCAUCAAUCUUCGUCGUCUUCGUCGUCGGGUCACCACCAUGCGACACAACCGCCGCCUCAUACUCAUCAGCAUCAUAGCACUAUUGUGAAGCAGCAGACGAUUACCAUUCAUGAUACACCCUCGCCGACAGCUGUUAUUACAAUCUCAGACAGCGAGGACGAAGGAAACGAAGCGACGCCUAUUCUUGCAUCGGCGCCCACCAAGCAGCGGGCUCAUGCACAGUCCCAGACUAGUAGUAGUCUACUGCAGCAUUCGGCCUCAUCAUCGUCAUUGCACUGCCGCAGCAGCGCUCAGUCGCAGACGUCGCAUCACCAACCACAGCAACAACAACAACAACAACAGCCUCCCCCGCCGCAUGGUCACCAACCACCGCACCAACACCAGCAACAGCAUCAGCAGCAGCAACAGCAGCAACAACAACAGCAGCAGCAGCAGCAUCAGCACCAGCAGACUCAGGCUGUUAAUUAUGGUGACCACGAUCCGGAGGAUGCGCGCCGUCGUCAUCACGUCACCGUCGCAGCCGUCGGUGGCAGUCCCAAGCACCACCAUCAUCACACCAUCGCCGCGCCGCCACCGUCAUCUGUAGCCACACAAGCGCCGCAGCAGCCACACUAUCAGCCGCAGCCCAACAUCAAAUACGAGCCCGGUCAGUCGCAAAAGAAACGCAUUUUGGCCAUGGCUCAGAGUGAGUGCGGCUAUUUGCCCAGCGGCGGCAGCAGCGGACCGCCCACUUCAACAGUCAGCUUGCCCCACAUUCCAACCAAGCAAGAGCCUACGGAGUUCUACGAGUAUUCGCCGCAAGCUGCAACUCAACAAGCACACGUCCAUGCCCAUCUGGAUAGUAAGCGUUCGUCGUGGGCCGCCGGCACCGUAGCAUCGCAGCCCCCUCUGGCACACCAUAAACGCGAGGCACCCUCCACAGCGCCCACCUACGUGACACAGCAGCAGGCGCCACCAGUGGCGCCGCCAUUGGCGCACUCGAAGAGCUCGUCCGCUUCAUCAUCGUCGUCAAUCAGUGCAGCUGCUGCAGCCGCAGCCGCUGCUGCCGCCGCUGCAGCCGCUGUAGGACCUCCAUCGUGGGGAGCACCCCAAGUCUAUCGUCAACCAUCACAGCCGCCGGCUGGUGCUCCUUCGCAGCAGGCACCGCCGCCACAUCACCACCAUCAUGCUCAUCACCAGGCUGGCACACCACUCGGUGGAUCGCCGUCGUCCACAGCCGCAGCCGCGAUGCUGCAGCCGGACAUCUAUGCGCAGGGCGAUAUGUACCGCCGACCUACGGUGUUUGUGUCACAGGCCACGCCCACCUAUGCCUAUGCCAAUCGCGCUGUCGUCGCUCCGCCCCCGGCCCACAACAGCUCCAGUCGUCAGGUCAUACCGUCGCAUCCGCUGCCGGCACACAUCCAAAUACCCACACAAUAUAGUCAGUUUGGACCGCUGAGUCCCGCACAGGUAGCUGCCAGCAAGCAUGCGGCGCAUUUUGCGCCGACAAAUAUAUGGUAUGGAGCUGAGUAGCUCGAAGAUUGAGAUUGAGAUUGCUGAAAGAGCUGUUGAAGAAGCAAACACCACACAACCCCCCCCCACAAAACCACAGCAUUUGAUUGAAUGAUAGACACUCGAAUCGUUUGUGGCUCAAGAGCAGCCAGGCAACAUCAUCACCAACAAUAACAACACAAGGAGCAAUAGCAACACAGACAGUGCUGACGAUACGCAACAUAAUAUGCAGCAGCAGCUACACCUCUCGCAAUGCU